GUUUGGCACGACCCAACAUUCAUUAGUCAACAGCUGGGAAGCUAACUAAACACAUCGUCCGGCUAAUAACAAAACAAAAAUUUAAAAAAUAAUAGUUAAAAAACUGAAAAAAAAAUUUUAAAACCUUAAAAAGUUUUAGACCCUAGACGGACAUCUCUAAAAGGAGGACGAUGUCUAACGUGAUCAAAAAGGUAAUUCCCAUGCUGGACCGCAUCCUCAUCCAGCGCUUCGAGGUGAAGACGACCACUGCUGGGGGCAUCCUGCUGCCGGAGGAGUCGGUGCCCAAGGAAAUGCAGGGCGUGGUGGUGGCCGUUGGACCUGGAGCCCGCAAUCCGGCUGGAUCUGGACACCUAUCCAUUGGCGUGAAGGAAGGCGAUCGCGUGCUGCUGCCGAAAUACGGGGGCACCAAGGUCGACAUGGACGACAAGCGCGAGUACUUGUUGUUCCGCGAGAGCGACAUCCUGGCCAAACUGGAGUAGCCCUGCAGAUAUCCUGCUACACAAACCAAACCAAAAGAAACAUUAAAUUGCUGCAUAUAACCUCGUCCACACUCACUCAGCAACACCACCAGUAACACCUCCUGUGACACUAAUUAUUCCGGCGAAGACUUCUGUAAUUUGCUUCCGGAUUGCGUUCGAAACUAAAUGAUUACGAUGAAAUGCUAUAUUUGGUAGCUUGCCAGUAAACACACCAUACACCACCAACCAUUCGCUGGCACAAUGAAACUUGUCGCGCUUGCUCCCAUUUUAUAUUCACACACCAUUUCUUGUAAGGACAGUCCAAUAAAAUAUUGUUCAGGUGCCUUGUGUGUUUAAA